CGCAGACGUAAACGCCAGGAGGGCCAACCCGCCGCUGGCUCGCUUUAUAUCCCGCGUGAGCUCCACACCGAGCGAAGCGGAGGUCCGGAGGAGGAAGCGGCGAGAGAAGCUCAGCUAGGCAGGGCGACGGGCAGAAACGCGACCACGGCAACAAACCCCGCCGCGCGCGCCCACCGUGCCGGUUACAUGGGAGUAGAGGCGGGCGGCGGCUGCGGUGGGAGGGCGGUAGUCACCGGAUUCUACGUCUGGGGCUGGGAGUUCCUCACCGCCCUCCUGCUCUUCUCGGCCACCACCUCCUACUAGCUAUACACACCCAUCUCACCAUAACACACAUACAUAGAUAGAUAGAUAGAUAGAUACAUACACACAAACAUAAGUAGCUAGGUAGAGAAAGAGAUCAUAGCGUUAGGUGAUCGAUCGAUGGCUGCUGCUGAGGCGGCGGCGGCGGUGGGGAAGCAGCAGCAGAAGGGCGGCGGGGGAAGGGGAGGAGGCGGCGGUGGGCCGGCGCCGUUCCUGACGAAGACGAACCAGAUGGUGGAGGAGAGCGCGACGGACGAGGUGAUCUCGUGGGGAAAGGAGGGGCGGUCGUUCGUGGUGUGGAAGCCGGUGGAGUUCGCCCGCGACCUCCUCCCGCUCCACUUCAAGCACUGCAACUUCUCCUCCUUCGUCCGCCAGCUCAACACCUACGGUUUCCGGAAGGUGGUGCCCGAUCGGUGGGAGUUCGCCAACGGCAACUUCCGGCGAGGAGAGCAAGGCCUCCUCUCCGGCAUCCGCCGCCGCAAGGCGACGACGCCUCAGUCCUCCAAAUCCUGCGGCAGCGGCGUCAACGUCGCGUUCCCUCCGCCGCUGCCCCCUCUGCCCCCGGAGCCGUCGGCGACCACGUCCAGCGGCAACGACCGCAGCUCCUCCUCCGCGUCCUCGCCGCCGCGGGCGGACAUCACCAGCGAGAACGAGCAGCUCAGGAAGGACAACCAAACGCUGACGAUGGAGCUGGCGCGGGCUCGGCGGCACUGCGAGGAGCUUCUGGGCUUCCUGUCGCGCUUCCUCGACGUCCGGCAGCUCGAUCUCCGGCUGCUCAUGCAGGAAGACAUGCGAGCGGCGGCCGGCGGCGUCGGCGGCGAGCAGCGCGUGCAAGAGCACGCCCGGGAGGAGAAGUGCGUGAAGCUGUUCGGCGUGCUCCUCGACGACACCCAUGGCGCCGCCACGAGGAAGAGGGCGCGGUGCGAGGAGGCGGCUGCCAGCGAGCGGCCGAUCAAGAUGAUCAGGAUCGGCGAGCCGUGGGUCAGCGUUCCAUCGUCGGGGCCGGCGCGGUGUGGCGGCGACAACUGAAGUCCAAACUUGUGCAUGCCACGGCCAUGACCUGAUCGACCAGGCGAACGGCAAGCAGAAGGCAUGCAUGGUGAGGUUGGUGGCAAGAAUGGUCCGAUCAACCAAGUCAUUAGGUAAAACGAGACGAAUUAAGCACGCCAAAUACGUGCGGCCCUGUGUUAAUCACGGGUUGCUACCAUGCUAGUAGUAAGGUAGGAACAGUACGAGGAGUCAAGGCUGACCGAAGCGAAGCAGCCGGCUCUUGUGUCUGGACGUUGUUUCAGUUAACACUGAAAGCUUCACCUUACUAUGGAUUAUACAUUUUUUAGAUAAUGGAAUAUAAUAUCCCGGUCUUUACUUAAAA